AUAAUUUAAUUUAUAUUUCUAAUUAUUAAUCAAAUAUACAAAUAUAAUCAAAAUGAUAAAGGAUACAAAGGGAAUAAAUUGUUUUGAAGUUAUAUAAAGAGGGGUAAGAUUGGAAAUAAAAUAAAAAUAAAAAUUUGGUGUUGAUGAAUAGUGUAACACCAAAUUUGGUGUUACACUAUUCACUCAACACCAAAUUUAGUGGUUGAAACUUGUGCCCAACACCAUUUUGGUGUAUUCAUUGGAGAUGAUUCUGCGCCAAAAUGCAAUUGGCGCUGCAUUUGGCGCAUUCCUUGGAGAUGCCCUGAGGAGCCUUCUAUUUAUCUCUGUGCAUUGGCGCCAUGGGAAUUUGCCUCCCUCUUCUCCCCAAAGCUCCGCCUUAUGGCGCUUUCUGGUGAAGAUGACUAUCUUAGCUUCGAAAGUGAUUUGUACAAAGCUCUGAUGAGUGGAGAUGAAAACGAGGUGAUUCAGCUCUGCGAACGAAUUCCAGAAGGCGGCCCGCUCUACCCGUUAACAAUACACAAUGACACGGUCUUGCACAUGGCCACUUACUCCAAACAAGAAAAUCUAGUCCUCUGUCUACUUGACAAAUUGCCGCAGAGUCAGAACGGCAAAAUGGAUGCUAAGAAUGACAUUGGAAACACCAUCCUCCACGAGGCGGCCACUUCUAGCAAAAGUGUGCUCGCUGCCAGGGCAAUGCUCGGUCGAGCCCCGUAUUUGUUGGAGAUGCGCAACCAACGCGGAGAGACGGCUCUCUUCCGUGCCGCCCGAUAUGGGAAGAUGGAAAUGUUUCAAUUUCUUGACGAGCAAGUGAAAGAAAGCUUCAAGAGCAAAGAGGAAGAAAAGGUGGACAAAGAGUUGUUUGAAAAAGCGCUUAAAGAAAUGUAUGUGCGGGAAGAUAAAACCACCGUUCUUCACAUAUGCGUCCUCACCGAGCACUUUGAAUUAGCAUUGCGUAUCGCAAGAGAGCAUGAAUAUUUAGUCAAUGAGAAAGAUGGAGAAGAGAUGACUGCACUCCAACUUCUUGCAUUCAAUCCAUCAGCAUUCGAAUUUGGAAGGAAACUAAAAUUCCUAAAGUGGCUCUUUCCUUCUACUGCAAAAGGUGAAUCAUGGUGGGUUCCUUUGUGGGAAGAAAUUAAGAGAAAGAGGCGAGGAUAUGACUCAGCAGUGAAGCUUGCUGAGUUCUUGAUUGAAAAGGAUACUUCAUGGAAGAAAACUGAAUCUGCCUUGGACCAGAGUAAGCCCAGGAUCCAUAAAUUUGGUGCCACGUCUCUUUCCCACCAAGGACAGGGGUCAGAUAAAGAACUACAUACCCCAAUAGCUGAAACCCCAUUGUUGUUAGCUGCCAAGUCAGGCAUUUUGGAGAUUGUUGAAGGAAUACUUACCAAGUAUCCUCAAGCAGUUGAGCACAUUGAUGAUGAAGGGCGAAAUGUAUUACAUGUAGCCAUCAAGUAUCGCCAGCUACAUAUUUUUGACUUCAUUGAGAAGAACAUGGAUGUUCCAAUGAUGAGACUGGUGAGGAAGAUUGACAACCAAGGGAACUCAAUUCUACACAUGGUUGGGAUCAAGAGAGAUCAUUCUAAGAGGAUUGAAGAUAUGCGAAGCCCUGCUCUAAUAUUGCGGGAAGACUUGCUCUUGUUUGAGCGCGUGAAGAAGAUCUGCACGAACCAUUUCAUCAGACACUUGAAUAAUGAUGGACACUCUGCUGAAAAGCUGUUUGCCAAUAAUAAUGCUACGCUGCGUGAAUCUGCUAAAGAAUGGAUUAAGCGAACUGGUGAAAAUUGCUCCAUUGUGGCGGUGUUGAUUGCCACUGUUGCCUUUGCUGCAGCUUACACGGUGCCGGGAGGUCCAAACCAGAACACUGGCUACCCACUUCUCCUUAAUCAAUCAUUCUUUAUCAUAUUUACCUUGUCAGAUGCCCUCUCCCUUACAUCUGCUUUGACAUCAGUCAUCACAUUUCUAUCUGUCCUCACGUCAUCCUUUCAACUGAAGGAUUUCAGGCGGUCUCUUCCUCAAAAACUCUUAUUAGGAGUGACACUAUUGAUCCUUUCCGUGUCAAUGAUGAUGCUAGCGUUUGCAGCAACGAUAAUCCUACUGAUAAGUAAUAAGCAACAGUGGACAAGAAUUGUCCUGUACUCCGUGGCUUUCCUUCCGGUCUCUAUCUUUGCAAUUUCAUACUUGCCUCUAUAUGUUGAGCUAGUGAAGACUUUCUUCCACUCAAUGAGGAAAGUAGGAGAUGUGUUUCCCAGGUUUAGGUUUAACUGCGGUUACAUUCGAUCUCGGAUUUCCAGCUCAACUAGUUUUAGUAAAUCUCGAUCCUCACUUCUCUCAAAUCCUACUCGAUCUCAAGCCAAAGAUUCCACUCGAGCUUCUGGUCAAACCUCUUUGUUAGCUGUUUGAAUGGCUGAAUUUUCUUCCUUCAGUACCUGUUUCCCGAUUAGUUCUGUUCUGUCACUUCUCAAGUGGUUGAUUUCUCGAAUGAUUACUGUGAUUACUGCGCUUUUGUUCUUUCAGAAUUGUUGACUCUUAAUGCAAAAUAAACAAAUUUGGAUUCCAAUUUGAAUA